AUGACUCUAGGGGGUAGUACGUGUAUACGGCCUCACAAUUUAUUGAACGUCAAUGUCACCUAUUUGUUAAAAUAUCUUCUGCCAUUACUCUUGCUUCUAACUUUACAAUUGAACCUGGUAGCGGCAGAUGUCCAAUUUAAUUAUCAAGGUUGCUACAAAUCAAGUGAUAUUUCUUCUUCACUGGAUGAAAUUGGCUAUUACCAAUUUCAAUCAGUAAACCAUUGCCAGGAAUCGUGUGGGAGUUCUGCUGUUGCCGCAAUAUUUGAAGGAAGUACUUGCUAUUGCAGCGAUUCUGCAUCUUUUUUAGAUAGCCUUACAUCUCUCUCGGAGUCAGAAUGUGACAUCAAUUGUAACGGUUGGCCAUAUCAAAAAUGUGGUGGUUCAGCAGCAAUGAAUGUUUAUAUCAAUACAGAUGCAGUUGUCGAUAGUACGACGAAUAAGCAAAGCACGACGAGUUCAUCUAGCAGCAGGUCCACUGCAUUGACAACCACAACUACCUCGUCCCCUGGUACAAGUACAAGCCAUUCAACCGCUUCCACAUCUUCAAAAUCCUUGUCGUCAUCAAUAGCGUCAGAAGUGUCAUCAUUAUCUACUGAUUUGUCUUCCUCUUCAUCCUCAAGGAGAACAUCUUCAAGUUCAAGUUCAAGAUCUUCAACAAGUACUUCUUCUACCCAAGCACAAGUGUCCACUUAUGUUUCUAUUCGAUACACUACUAAUGUUGUUGUUCACUCUAUAAUUAAAACUUCAAAUAGACCUGCAUCAACCAUAUUAGUUACUGAAACCUCAAUCGUUUCAACAGAAACAGCUAGUGCAGCCCCAAAUUCAGACAACAAUAACAAAACAACUAAUGGCUCCCACAAAAAGUUAAGUGGUGGGGCAAUUGCCGGUAUUGUUAUAGGUGUAGUGUUUGGUGUUAUAUUCCUAGUACUAUUGGUGGCUUUAUUAUAUUUCUUACAUAGAAGGAACAAAAAUCCCGAUGAUCUGGUAGUGGAUUUAAGAGAAAACAAGCAAUAUCAACCCUAUUCUUAUGGUGAAGAAGAAAUUUCUCCAGUAGUUGUUCCUUCUACAAAUACACUAACAAGAGGUAAUACCAAACACAGUAUGCCACCAAAAUCAUGGGGCAUUGUAAGAAGUAGUAAAACAUCUUCUUCGUCAGGAAGUUUUCAAUCAAAGAAUGCUAGUGGGAAUUUAUUAAAUGAAGAACCCCUACCGACAACAAUAAUAGACGAAAAUAAGAUACACAGUAAUAUGCGGGAUGAAAACCCAUCAAACCUUACGGGAACAAACCUUAUGGAACACGCCAAUACGUUUGAGGAUCCUGUCACAAUAUAUGCUAGUGAGAAUAUGUUUAGUGCAACCUCAUUACAAGAUAUAGGAAAUGACAACAGAUUACGUAUUGUAAACCCAGAUGACCCGGAGAAACCAUAUGAAUCAUAA